CAAGCAGGUCAGAAGGAACGCCAUUACCACUUGAUUCCUUGAAGGCUUCUUCCGUUCGAUGGUGAGCCAUUCAUGGUAGCCAACAAAAGGUUCAAAAUGUGAAGUCAGUUUUCCGAAAUAGGGUCGAAGGUUUUGUCUUCCGAUUCUCCUCUGGCAACCAGAAUUCCGUGGGAAGAUGUAUCCGGGCUAUUAAAAAUCGUCUGUAAUCGAGGAAAUUGGUGUUUGCUAAAAGAAUGGCUUGCAGAGCCUGCAGAAGCUUCCUGGCGUUUAUUCUAAAGUUUCUGAAUUUUGUGCAAACUUUUGUGGGAAUAGCAAUUAUUCUGUAUUCUGUUUGGAUGCUCAAUCAUUGGAAUCACAAUCAUAAUGUUCCUCCUCCAUCUGCGCCUUCACCUGAAAAUGAUCCGGCUGGGAUGUUGGCAUUGUAUAGUUCAGAGGUUCAAAAGGACGGUGAGUGGGUUGGAAAUUCUCAGUACAUAUUUUCUCGCAAGCUUGGUGAGCAUAUGUCUUCUGGCCUUGACGACAAUGAACUGCAAUUCAGUUUUAAGGGGCUUCCAGCUCCCUGGUUUAUCUACUCAGUUAUGAGUAUUGGCGUCUUGUUAUGCUUGAUUACUUGUGUUGGCCACAUUGCUGGAGAAACUAUCAAUGGUUGCUGUUUGUGCUUUUAUACAUCUCUUAUGACAGUUGUUAUUCUGCUGGAGGCAGCUUUGGUGGGUUUUAUGCUUCUUGACAAGCAUUGGGAAGAGGAUCUUCCAUAUGACCCUACUGGAGAGUUUCAACAACUCAGAUCUUUCAUCGAAGAUAAUAUUGACAUGUGUAAGGGUGUCGGCCUGUUUGUGGUCGCUAUUCAGGCUCUCUCGCUGCUGCUGGCGUUGAUUCUACGGGCCAUGGUUACACGAAGAAGGGGACACUAUGAAAGUGAUGAUGACGAUUAUCUUGUGAGGGCUGACUAUAGGCAGCCAUUGCUAGGCACCCAAGUCACUGCUUCAACCUCAAUGGACAGUAAAAGCAACCGCUCUGAUGCCUGGAGCACAAGGAUGAGGGAAAAGUAUGGACUGAACCCAAAUGAGUUUGCCUAUGGCGGAGGAGAUCCAAACGUAGCUCAACCAAUGAGAACCGGUAUGGAGGAUCAGGGAAGGUGUUCCAUCCUGUAAAACCAGACUUGGUGGGUCCGACCAACGUGCAGAAAUUCUUUAUUCUUAGAUUCCUGUUCAUAUAUGUGAAAAAAGAACGUAGCCUACUUGAUCUAGCAAAAAUGGUUCUUCUUGUAACCAUAAAUUCAUGUCUCUUCUUUUAGCAGUAGUCAUUUUCAUGAGGCAGGAAAUGCAGGGGCUUAGUUGGUC